GACGACAACCUUACCAGAGCUUCUUUUGGCACCGCCGGAUCCUUCUUCAUCGUAUCGAAGGAGGUGAAUGGCUGGCCUUGACCCCGGAUCUGGAAAUCGCCCGGCACAACUUGGGGACGCAUCGUCAUCGGGUUUUGGAUCGGGCCGCCCCCUUCCCGGCCGACAUCGCUGCGGAGAUCUAUGCUCAUGAUCCUAUUGGCAGAGCGGCUUUGGCCAACUUCGAGCGACAGGCUCAGAUACAGGCUGUCAUCUUGGGUGAAGGGGCCCUCUUGGAUCCUGAAGCCUUCUAUUGGGUGGUCGCCGAGCCGGGGCACGCGGACUUCGGCGAGGUCGUCGAUGCGGCGCUUCUUGGGAACGAGGCGACGUGCCUGGCCUUCACGCUCAAGGGUGUCGUUCUGCGGCAUGGCGAGGAGGUCUUUGUCGAGCGGGUGGGGGUCAAUGCAAUGAAGCAGCUGGACCUGCGGCAGGCUGUGACUGUGAUGAAGGAACCGGCGGACUCGGACUUCCCCAUUGCGGGCGUCAAGGCCGCCAAGGAGUUCCACACUAGUUAUGCGGCAUCUUCGGGCGGCUUCCUGACCUACCACUCCGAAAAGGCCAGCGCGGUGCAUGUGCAUCGGGCUUUGUGCGAGGCGCUUCGACUGAUGCACAGUUACGAUCAACUCGAUGCCAGUGCCCUUGCUACAGGGGAGCACUUGACACGCUGGGUGAUUCAAACCGAGCUGGACGUAGAGCGCAACCCUCUACAACCUGACUACGCAGGCUUGGACAUCGUGGAUGGGACGGCGCAGCUGCCUGAUGGACGGGCAGCCAAGGCGAAAUUCACGGAAUGGGUACAGCAAUGGAUCAUGGACGAUCUUCAUCGGCGGGUAGCCCUCUAUGGCGAGUGCCCCGAGGACAUCACCGAGGACACCGUCAUGGGCGACCUUGGGCGACGCUCCGACCUGUACAACCAGGAAGCCAAACACCUGGUCGGCAUCGACCUGAGCAAGAUCAAAAUUCUGAAGCGGCGCCUGGUCCCGAAGGACGCCAAGACUCCGGAGGCGGUGCGGUCACGGCGGCGACGGCUCGAACUCUACAAGGCCCUCCACGCGGCCAACCUCUUGGACUUCAGACGACGACGCAAGGCUCGGGUGGGGAUUUUCACGGUGCGCAAAAAGGAUGGGGCCCAGAGGCUUAGGCAGGCAAACGCCUGUCAUAGAGCACUGCCUUCGACUCGGUUUUCCACACCCGCAAGUUUGACCGCUUUGGACCUCACGGCUCAGUCACUCGAGGCCGACGGCUUUGGCGGCAUCCUUGGCGACGAUGGACCCACUAUCACUUCGGAAAGCGGUGACGUGGGAGAUUGUUUCUAUAACUUUGCCAUCCCAGAGCUCACCGCGUGGUUUUGCACGGAGGACGCCUUUACACGAGAAGAGCUGAAGGAGGAGCUGGACAUCGACGUGGGCGCGGUCUACGACGACGACUAUCAGAAGGAGAUUCCCUUGCAGCCCGGCGAGAAGGUCUUCUGUGCCUUUAAAGGGGUGCCGAUGGGGUGGUCCUGGGCGUUGUACUUCGCGAACGAGAUUGUCUGCCAUCAGGUGGGAGCUUCAAGCGGCCGCCAGUUUGGGGCCCCUUCGAUGGUCGAAGGUUGA